AUGACAGGAGUCAAUCAAAUCAGAGAAAGGUGUCAAUCUGGAAAUACGGAGUUAUAUAAGGAAAAGCAUUCAUCUGUAAGAAGUCGUAAAGCUCAUCUUCCUUCUAGUUUCACACAAGAUGAGAAGAGCAGUUCAGAGAGUCUUAAUAUUGGUAGAUUUCGAUCUAGCAACCCAUGUAUACCAGAGAAUCAUUUUUAUGCUAAAGAAAUAAGAAUUGUGCGCCACACAAAAGGGGUUACAUUUAGAGAUGAAAGACUUGCAAUAGCUCCAACUCAAGGUGCCCCUUGUGCUUUGUAUAGUACUAUUCCAUAUUCUAAAACUAUUCGCAAUGCAAGAUCAGAUAUUAGAAAAGAUGGUGUUCGCAGGCGUAACACUUCAGGGCCUAGACCUCUAUCCUCCAUAACUGACAAUGGGAUGGAUCCUUUUGAUCUCCUAGGGCUGGAAAAAGAAGAGAAUGGACAAGAUAUAUCUUAUUCGAAGUUAUUGGUGCCCUCACGAGUGUGUACCCGAGAACAAUAUAGAAAAAUGUAUGUUGGCGACAUUGGUGAUAAAACAUCAUGGAAGAUGCUAAAUCGUCCUCCCCAUGUCAUAGCGAGGACUAAGUUAUUGACGAGGCACAAGGAUAAGAAGUGGUGCUUUUCGUAUGAAUCUUCUCAACGCACUACGAUAGCUUCGUCCCCGCCGCUUUCGUCGAUAGAGAACAAAACUUUCGAUUGGGAGGAAGGCGCAAUAAUUCCGCAAAAGUUUGUACAUUAUUGCCCGAAUAUACUCGAUGAUCCCGAGUUGAUCGCGGGAAAACAUAGGACCCUACUAACGUUCACAUCUUACAUGACGUCCAUCAUCGAUUACGUUCGGCCGCAAGAUCUCAAAAAAGAGCUCAAUGACAAAUUCAGAGAGAAAUUCCCCCACAUUAAAUUAACUUUGAGCAAACUGAGAAGUAUAAAAAAAGAAAUGCGAAAGAUUGCAAAACACGAUUGUGGCGGUAUAGACCUGCUGUCGGUCGCCCAGGCUUAUGUUUACUUCGAAAAACUCAUCCUUGCUAAUUUGAUCAACAAGGAUAACAGAAAAUUGUGCGCAGGAGCGUGCUUGUUACUGUCUGCAAAGUUAAACGACGUCAAAGGGGAGAUGUUGAAGGCUUUAAUAGAGCGCAUCGAGACCACGUUCCGUGUGAACCGAAAGGACUUGAUCAAGUUCGAGUUCGCCGUGCUCGUAGCGCUCGAGUUCGGGCUGCACGUGCCGCCGUACGAGGUGUUCCCCCACUACCAGCGGCUGCUGCACGACUCG